GUGUAUAUAUAUAAUGUAAAAGAUAUAUACGUGUGCUUUUGUUUGAAAGAAAGCGCACACACACAAACACAUGUUCUUCGUUGCAGCUUCGUUGGGUUAAAAACUUUUCUCCUGCUUUUGGGAAGUCAAAGAUAAAAAAAAAAAAGUUCCAAGAAAAUGGAGAAUCUACCUCCUGGUUAUCGUCCCAAUGUUGGUGUUUGUCUAAUCAACUCGGAUAAUCUGGUAUUUGUAGCUUCAAGAUUGAAUGUUCCUGGAGCAUGGCAGAUGCCACAGGGAGGCAUUGAAGAUGGGGAGGAUCCAAAGUCAGCAGCCAUGAGAGAGUUACAAGAAGAAACUGGUGUCGUUUCAGCCGAAAUCAUCGCUGAGGUUCCAGUUUGGUUGACAUAUGAUUUUCCACCUCCAGUAAAAGCAAAGGUUAACCGUCUCUGGGGUGGUGAAUGGCAUGGUCAAGCUCAGAAAUGGUUUCUUGUGAGACUGAUAAACGACGAGGACGAAAGAGAGAUCAAUCUUGCGAACAACGAAGCGGAUUCAGAGUUUGCGGAGUGGAAAUGGGCUAAACCGGAAGAAGUGGUAGAGCAAGCCGUGGAUUACAAAAGGCCAACUUACGAAGAAGUCAUCAAGAGUUUUGGUUCUUACUUAAACGAUACAGGAGGAGCUGCUAAAUGUAAAUCAGCCAAGUGGUAAUAAGAAUCCAAAAAAAAAAAUCAAUGUUUGUUUCUUUUUUUUUUGGGGGGGUUCUUUUUAGUGGAACCCUUUUGGAAUGCAAAAAGGUUUCUCUAGGGUUUUUUUUUAUGUAUUCAUUUUUGUAAAUUGGUUUAUAUGUACUAGAAGGUUUUGGUUUUGUUUUAACGUGGGGGUUAUGUAAAACCUGGACUCAACAGGUUAUUGUAAUAAAAGUCUUUGUUUGGAUUCAAAAAGGAA